AUGGGUGAAGCUGGGGAGGUAUUAGGAGGAGGAAAAGCUGGCGGGUUUGAUGAGCUCGAUGCGGUGAAUGCUAGCAUUAUCAAGAACAAGAAAGAUGGGAACUACGUGAUGGCAUAUGAAUGCGUUGAUGGUGAUGGAAAGAGGAGCAUUGGCAUUGCAGUUUUCAGCGAUGGACUGAGAGAGUGGAGAAGGGCGGACGAAGGUGAUGCGGUUUUGAGACGUGGAGAAGAGGAAGAUGGCUGGGAUAAUCAGGGAGUUGGAUGUCCUUGUUUGGUGCAAAUGGAAGGUGGGGAUGUUGAUGGUGAAUGGAGGUUUUAUUACAGAGGAGUUGGGAAUGGAGGAAGGUGCGGGAUUGUAAUGGCGGUCUCGAGAGGAAGCGAUAUUAGUAAUUUUAGAAAGUGGACAGGAUUCCAAUCGUAA